UUUGCUGAAUCAACCUGUCUUUCCAACGCUCCUUUUUAACUGUCAAGAAUUGUCCGCUCUGGAAAAUGCCUUUUCGGCUUUUCCUGAAACCUUUUUAUUUGAAGGUUCCUGGGAUUAACAGCAGAAAGGCUACAUUUGAUGCGUUGUCUAUAUCCUUUUGAGCUUUUCAAGUGAACAAGGAGCACAAAGUAUCAGCAAAUGAAAUAAUUAUGAACUCACCUCGAUCCUGCCGGAGAGUUGGAAUCUAGGGUUUUCUGUAGCUGAUGUGCAAUCUUUAAGGUGAAUACCUUUAUAGAGAUCCCUAUCGCUGAAGCAUAGUAUUGUGGUUCGCGACUUGCAGACUCAACACUUGAGACGACCAAUAACAAUCAACAGGCAGAUGUUAAUAUAAUCAUGCAGCUGUAUCAUCAUCCAUACUCCUUGGACAGUCAGAAGGUGAGGCUUGCUUUGGAAGAGAAUGCCAUUGAUUACACAUCCUACCAUGUCAAUCCUCUCACAGGAAAGAACAUGGAAUCGUCUUUCUUUCGCAUGAACCCAAGUGCAAAACUGCCUGUUUUCCAGAAUGGUUCUCACAUCAUCUACAAUACUAUUGAGAUAAUACAGUACAUAGAAAGAGUGACACUAGUAUCUUUGGGUGUUGAUCAUUCCGUUAAUAGUGGAGAAGUCAAUGAAUGGAUGCAAAAAAUACAAAAUUGGAACCCCAAGAUAUUCACUCUCUCUCACAUCCCCGCCAAGUACCGGCAUUUUGUUUCCAAAUUCAUAAGGCGGGUAAUAAUUGCUCGAAUGGCUGAGUCUCCAGAUCUAGCUAGUGUCUACCAUCUUAAGCUUAAAGCUGCAUAUGAGACAGAAGACAAGUUGCAAGAUCCAGAUGUGUUGAGGCAGAGUGAGGAACAGCUGGUCCGACUGCUUGAUGAUGUAGAGACACAGCUGAAUGAGACAACAUAUCUGGCAGGUGAUGACUUCACCAUGGCUGAUGUUAUGCUGAUUCCUGUUCUGGCUCGGAUAAUGCUUUUAAAUUUGGAAGAUGAGUAUAUUCUUUGCAGGCCUAGAAUAACAAAAUACUGGGAGGUUGUGAAGCAGAGGCCUAGUUAUGAAAAGGUGAUUGGGAGGUAUUUUACAGGAUGGAGAAAAUACAGAACACUGUUCAAAACCUUUUGCUUCCUUUGCAUCAGAAGUGUACUCAAGAGAUACUGAUCCAAUUAAUAGCAAUGGUGGGUAAUCGGGUAUGAAGAAUGGAAUGGGAGGAUGAGUACAUGUAUAAAUAAAUGUAUCAGUAGAUGUAUUUUAUUGGGGCAAGUUUUGUUUCAACCAGAAAAUUGGAUUGAUUUAAAUGUACAAAUAGAUGAAUACAUAAAUAAUAAAUUUAAUGUCUGGGAGGAUGGUUUGUAUCAUGGAGAAGAUUGUUUUUUUGAAGGAAUUAGUUAGGUAGUACAAGAAAUAAAAGGCAAAAAUUUUGAAUAGAGUAUCCAACUGAUGCCUUCUACAAUAUACUUUCCAGGACGAAGUUUGGAAAUUCAUGUGGUUGGGUUCUGGUUGUAAUAAUCUUGUUGUUCUCAUUGUUAUUUCUUUUGAAAGUUUUUAAACAAAUCCUAGGUAUCAUUGUUCAAGCUUCUUGUACAUGGACAAACAUUAGGUUGUGUUAUUAGCAUGAAUAAAUCAUGAAAUGAAUCCAUACCAUAUGGUAUGAAUCCAUACCA